CGCUCCCCCACCACCAUAGCAUCGCGACCUGCAUCAGACGGUCGAGUAAUACUGUUCAGACACGCGCGCAGCAUUAUCAUCGCAUGAUUGCGCGCUCGAUCCGGAAGAAUGGCUAAACAGUUCCUCGCGGACACCAACGGGUGGUUGUCGUUCAACCACAGCACCCCGGUCCUUUACAUCACAUCAGAAGACGAGGACUUUGACGUUGAGACAAUGCGCGCAUGGCGCGAUGAAGGCUUCAUUGUCAAGUACAUACCUAUGGGUAGCGGAGGGAAGCAAUAUGUGCAGACUCUCCACUCUCUGGGCGACAAGAUGAGCAUUGGAGAGCGAUACGCAGUCGUAGCCUUUGGUGAUGCAGCGGCUAUAUGUCUAGAUGUCUUCUCAGAACCCAAGACGUCGACAUCGAAGCUCUGCUCCUUAAUCGCAUAUUACCCUACUUCCAUCCCCGAUCCCAAUCGUCGCUUCACUUCCUCAUUUCGCGUAUUGGUACAUCUUGCGCAAGGCGCACAUGGCAGCGAAGAAUCUGUCGGAAUCGCGCGACGCCCGGAAGUCUUGGGCAUACAGGGAAAGCGGAAGAUUGUGCAGAGGCGCAUCACACGCGGGAUAGGCGCCGGGGGUCUGCAGAGCAAGAUCAACUACCCAGUCUUCACAUACGAAGGCGUAGAUGCCGGAUUCGCCGAGCACGAUCUAGACGAGUACGACGCGGUUGCAGAUGCCAUAGCCUGGAGUCGAAGCCUAAGCAUGGUACGGCGAGGAUUCGGUGCAGAAGUAAACCUCGAGCGCGUGUGGGACGAGAACGAAGAGCAAAAAUACCGCGGCGGAGACGUCACAAAACUCUUAGACACCUACGUCAACUCUCCGACCCCGUUCGUGAAUUUCACCCCCACCAUGACCGGUGGCCACGGCCGCCCCGAACUCAAGCGCUUCUACGCAGACUACUUCCUGACUUCCUCCCCUCCCUCGCUACACAUGCGCCUCCUCAGCCGCACAAUCGGCGUCGACCGCAUCGUCGACGAACUAUACAUCCAGUUCAAGCACACAUGCCAGAUGCCGUGGAUCCUGCCCGGCGUCAACCCCACGAACCAAAAAGUAGAGAUUGUGGUCGUAAGCAUUGUGGGCAUGCGGGCGGGCAAGAUUUGGCACGAGAGGGUGUACUGGGACCAGGCGAGUGUGCUGUUUCAGGUCGGUCUGCUGGAUCCGGAUCAUGUUCCUGAGAAGUUUAAGAAGCAGGGGUUGGAGAUGUUGCCUGUUAGUGGGAGUGAGGCUGCUAGGAAGAUCAUGGAUGUUGAGAGUGAGGAGGCGAAUGAUAUGAUUGAUGAUUGGUAGAUGAGUGACAGUGGAAGGAGGUAUUCAUGGCUGGAAUCAGAUAUGUUGGAUCGUGGGGAAAUCUUAAUUGUAGUCUAUGGUCGCAUAUGGCAAAUGAUACCGAAGUAAAGCAGAACGAUAGA